AUGAGCAGAGAACAAAGUGUUGAUAAAUUAAUUCCACAAGUAUUUGAUGAAUUACGAUCAAAUUUGGAUUCAUUACAAUAUAAUCGUCAUCAAACAAAAAUAUCACCAUCGCCUAUAACCACACAAUCAUUAAUUAAUGAAUUAGAAAAUUUAGAAAAGAUAACUAAAAUAAUUGAAGAAAUCACGUCAAGUGUUAAAGAUAAUAUUCCAAAGGAUAUUAAUAAAAUUUAUAAAGUCUGUCAGAGUAGCAAUAAAUUAUUAGAUUCAUGGAUUGGUAUUCAAUCACAAGCAGGAUAUAUAUAUCGAUUAAUGGGGGAACCAACAUAUUUGAGACAUUUAAGAGAAGAUGGGAUUGAACAUAGUUUUGAAGAAGAAGUAAAAUUAGAGACAGAAAAUAUUGAACAAUUAAAGAAAGAAAUUCUUAAAUUGAAUACAAUUCAAUCAACAGAAUCAAAAUCACCAACCAAGUCCAACAAUGUAAGGAAAACGUUAUAUAAUAAAAAACCAACAGGAAUUCGUCGGCCAACUGUAACAAAAGAAAGAAAAUUAUUCAGAAGAUAG